CAAAGUCCUUCCAACUGUCAGUUGAGUCACAGGUUAGAGUGUGGCGGCAGAAGAAAAAUGAAUCUCCUACUGGAUCUCCUCUGGCUUGUAGUCAUCAUAAUCUAUUCAUAUUUGGAAGCUCUGGGUAAACUUUUUAUUCCUGUGAAAAGAAAAUCUGUCAACGGUGAAAUUGUGCUUAUCACUGGAGCAGGACAUGGCAUUGGAAGACUCACUGCCUAUGAAUUUGCCAAACGUCAAAGCAAACUGGUUCUCUGGGAUCUAAACAAGCAUGGUGUUGAGGAAACAGCAGAAAGGUGCAGAGGUCUGGGAGCCACCGCUCAUGCCUUUGUCGUGGACUGCAGCCUCAAGGAGGAGAUCUACAGCGCUGCAGAGAAGGUGAAAAGAGACAUAGGAGAUGUUAGCAUCUUAGUGAAUAACGCCGGAGUAGUAGCAACAGCAGAUCUCCUUUCCACCCAGGACAAGCAGAUACAAAAAACAUUUGAGGUCAACGUUCUCGCUCACCACUGGACAACAAAAGCCUUCCUCCCAGCAAUGAUGAAAAAUAACCACGGCCAUAUUGUCACAGUUGCAUCGGCUGGCGGACACAUAGCAGUUCCUUUCCUGGUGUCUUAUUGUUCAAGCAAGUUUGCUGCUGUUGGGUUUCAUAAAAGUCUCACUCAAGAACUGUCUGCUUUGGGAAAGAAUGGGAUCAAAACGUCAUGCCUUUGUCCAGUUUUUAUCAACACCGGCUUUAUAAAACAUCCAAGUUCAAGCCUGGUGCCUGUUCUGGAGCCUGACAAAGUUGCAAAUAAACUCAUCGAUGGAAUACUUUGCAACCAAAAAAUGAUUUUUCUUCCACCGUUUGUGAAGUGCAGCCUUCUGCUGGAAAGAAUUCUACCAGAGCGUGCCUUGGUGGCUUUGGACAAGGCCAUUAAAGUAAAAUUUGAUGCAACUGUUAGACAUGAAGGAAAAGAACGUUAAAUUAAUAAAUGCCUUCACUCAGGGUGUAUAUUGGGAUCAGUUCUUCAGAGGUGUGAUGCAUAACGCCUUGUCAGUAACCUACAAAUGGAAUCCUAUGAACUUUUCAUCUCAAAUAUGUAUUAAAAGUACAAUAUCAUAAAAA